AUGAAUGGUACUGUUCAAGGAAAUGCCAUUCAAUACUAUUACAUUACCAAUAUUCCUGAUUUGGUUUCCUCUAAUUCUUCCUUGUCAUUUAUUGUGACACCAAUUUCAGGAGAUGCUGAUGUAUACGUUUCAACGACAAGACUUCCAGAUAUUAAUGAUCCAAUGUCUUAUCAAUGGUCAUCUACUGUACAGAGCGGAACAGACACUGUGACGAUUAACAAGCAGAGUGCUGGUUACAAAGCUGGUGGACCUUAUUACAUUGCCGUUCAUGGCUAUCAAAAACCAGCAUUAUUUUCAAUUUUGGUUUUAAAUUCAGAUCUUCCAACAUUUAUUUCAGAAAGUUUACCUCAAAAUGUUUUUGUAGACUCUAACCAAUUUCUUUAUUUUACCUAUGUGGCUAACUCUGCUGGUUAUUUCUCAAUUUCUGUGAACGCUUUGUUUGGAGAUCCAAAUCUCUAUGUGAGUACCACUGAUUCAAAACCAGGUCCAAACAAUGCUCAAUGGAAAAAGGAAUCUAUUGGAGAUGAUUACAUAUUCAUCAAUGCUCCUUCACCAGCAACCUAUUACAUUGCUGUUACUGGUAGAGAUCAUGAAAGAACUCAAUCCAAUUUACAAAUUUCUUCACUUUCCACUCAAGGUUUGGUUGCCGAUGGUUUGCGAGUGUAUGACAAAAUUCCAUCUUCGGGAAAGACCUACUUUAAAUUCUUUGUAGCAACACCUGCAGAUUCAAUUCAAUUCACAUGCAACAAGCUAAGCUUCUUUGGUGAUCCAGAUAUUUACAUUUCCAAAACAAAUGAGUAUCCAAGCAAGACAUCUUAUGAUUGGAAAGAAGAAGGCUCUGGAACGAGCACGAUUACCAUUUCCGAUUCAGCACAAUUAAGCGGAUGGUUCUAUAUUGGAAUUGUGGAUGACUCAUUUUUCGAUGUGGACUAUUUCUUAUUGAUCACUACCACUUUUGCUAAUGCAAGACUUUCCAAUGGAGUUCCAAUCACUAAGGGACUACUUGCAAAUAAGGUCGAUUAUUAUAUCUUUUAUGUAGAAGCCAAUACACAGGGUGGGCAAACAGAAUUGGAUGUGAUCGUGACCCCUCGUUCCGGUCAAGAAUUGAUUGUCUAUGGAAGUUCAACAUUUAGAAAUCCAAGUGAAACUUCUCAUGAUCUUGAAGGAGUGCUUGUUGGAGGUUCUAUUGUACUUCACAAGGAUAACUCUCCAGCUGGACCUUACUACAUUUCAGUGACCUCUCUCAGUAAUACCAACUAUACGAUCACUGCAACUACCAAAAACAGCUAUAUCGAGUUGAUCGAUUCUGUCGAAUAUUCAUCCACGGUUGGAAGCAAAAAACAAAAAGUAUUCGUUUUUCCAAUUGCUAACAAUGAUGUCGAUGUUGGUAUUUCUCUAACAUCCAUGUCAGGAGAUGCAGACAUGUACAUCUCAAUUAAUGAAGAUGUCUCUAAAAACAAAUAUGAUUGGCAUUCCAUGUCAGCUUCAAGAUCUGAAUUUAUUCACAUUCCUGCAAAUGCUGCUCAAAGACAUUCCUCUCAAUUUACUGGAAGAUUAUUUAUUGCUGUUUAUGGAUACAAUGCUGCUACUUUUUCUAUUGUUGCAUAUAGUCAAGGAAAUACCAUUGAACUUGAGAGUGGAGUACCUGUCUCUGGUGUGUUAGAAAAGAGUGGAGAUUCACAAUAUUACAAAUAUUAUCAAAGUAAUCCAGGUUCACUCACUUUUAAUCUCCAACCUGGUUAUGAAUCCCAUGAUCCAGAUAUUUAUGUUUCACGUACAAAUCCUAAACCUGGACCUCAAGAUUAUGAUGAGCAUGGAAUUACAUUGGGAGAUGAUAUCAUUUCCAUCACAAAUGCACAACCUGGUAAUUACUUUAUUGGAGUUUACACUUUUUCUCCCAACACAUCCUACGUUCUAGUGGUUUCUUCCAAUUAUAUGAAUUUGGGUUCUUAUGGUGUUCCUCUUUUAGACACAGUCCCCAAGGGUCAAUUCAGAUAUUACUAUACUUCUGUGGUUCCAGGAGAGUAUGGAGUGGUUGGAGGAGUCACUCUCAUUGAAGGUCAAACUCGACUCUAUGUGAGCAACAAGACCGAUCAUCCCUCUGAAUCUUCAUAUACCUAUGCCGAUACCAAUUAUCCUGGCAACUUGAUUUCUGUGAAUCCAUCAUCGGAAAUGAAUCUUGAUGGUGCCAUCUCUGCUGAAUGGGUCUAUGCAGUGUAUGGAGUGGAGGACUCGACCUACUUUAUUCACUCUUCGUAUAUGGCUUAUCAGGCUGAACUCAAAUUAGGUCUUCCAACCAUUGGAGAAUCUGAAUGUUGUGAGAAGGGAUCACUUUUCCUCUAUCAUACUCCAUUCACAGCGGAUAAGGAUUACUAUGUGUAUGUUAAUUCAUUGACAGGAGAUCGAGCAUUUACUGCCGUUUAUAUUGAUCAAGAUCAUACUCAUCCAAAUGCAUCCAAUUACAAAUGGUCUGCUCAAGGCAAUGAGGAUUUGUUUGUAAAAUUGAAUGCCAAUGAAUUGGUGAGAAACAAACCACUCUAUAUCAAUGUCUUUUCUUACAGAGGUUUAGCAAGAUAUCAUGUGACUGUGGAACAAUCGGGUGCUCCUAUUUUCCUCACCUCUGACUCACCAAACAAAGUAUUUGCCUAUCCCGAUCAACAAGAUUUCUUUAGAGUAUUUAGUGUGAAAAACUCUGCAGGAUUAACUGCAAUAUUAGAAAGUUGUACGGACAAUACUGCCAUGCCAUUCUAUGUGUCAAAUAUUAACUCACAGCCAAAUCCAACAAAUAAUUCCUAUGUGUCUGUAGCGAAUGGCCCUUUCUCGCAAUUAAUCACAACCAACAAGUCUGAAACCUCUACUUUUUAUUUCAUUGGAACUUCCAAAUUAACAACCAGUAAUAUUUACACGAUUUAUGCUACGACUGGAUCUGAUAAAAGACCCAAACCAAAGAACAAUGGAAUUCUCACAGAAGGUCCUCUCAUUAGCACUUCCUCCAAGAGAAUUUUGGUUCCAACCAUUCAAGAUGAUUCUGAUACCAGUACUUACAUGUAUUUUGUUUACAAACGAGUGCUUUCUGCAAAAGAAGAUCCCAACCAAGUGAACAUGCAAACCAUUUGUGCUAUUACCAAUGGAGAAGCGACACUCACGGGUCAAAUAUUUUUACCAAUCGAUCGUCCUGAUGUUGUGUUUUAUGAUGUUCCAGUUCGUUCCUCAGAGAGAUAUAUUAUUAAUGUGAUUGCUGUGAAUCAUGUGAAUGGUUUAUCCAGAGCUUACCAACCACUCUAUUUUGGAAUUGAUAAUACGAAUAGCUUGAGUGAUGGACAAUCAUUGAUUUCCUUCACUAACCAAAGUAUUCCAUGUGCACAAUUUACAUUUGCAUCAGAACCACUUGGUCAAGGUAUUACUUUAUCGUUUAUUGUAACUCCAUUCUCUGGUGAUGUUGAUUUGUAUAUUGCACAGAGUCCACCUGCUUCACCAAAUAAUUUCGUUCUAAAGAGUAGUAACCAUGGAUUUGAUGUCAUUUCCUUCUCAAACCAAGAUCCUAAAUACUUUAAUGGACCAUAUUAUGUGGGUGUUUGUGGGGUUGUUAAUAAUGACUUGACCGAGUUCAGUAUUUUGGGAGUUAAAACUGGAACAGCCAUCAAGCUUAAGGAUGGACAACCUCAACUUGUUUCGACCAAGGCACUUGAUUCGUCAUACUUUACUUAUCAACUCGAAGGAAAUAAUGAUUUCACACUAACUGUUUCUCCAAUUAGUGGUGAUCCAGACGCAUACAUGAGCACUGAUACUCAACCAACAAGUUAUAAUCACAUGUGGGGAAGUGACACUAGUUCCGUAGAAGUCAUCAAAGUUAAAACGACUGAUAAUGGUUUCAAACCAAACUCUAUCUACUAUAUCAGUACUUUAGCAUUUGGUUCUGAUGCAAUGUAUUCCAUUGUUGCCACAAGAAAUGACUCGAUUUCUACAAUUAUGCAUGGAGUAUCUGUGGGUGGACGUGUACAAGUUGCUGAAUCUUCCUACUACAAAUUUAAAUUAACUCAUCAAGCUUCAGUGACAAUUACAGUGAAUCCUCUGAACGCUGUUGGAGAUCCUGAUAUUUUUGUAUCCACAGAUGACAAUAAUCAAUAUCCUAGUCCUAGUCAACACAACUUUGUUGCUCGAUCUAAAAGUGUGGACUCUCUUGUGAUCAAACCUACAGAUGCAGGUUGGAAAAUUGGUUGGUAUUACAUUGCUGUGAGAGGAUAUGGAGCAGAUACUGAAUUUGAAUUAACAGUCAUGUCUUCUGAUGAAGUCACCAUUCUUGAAGAUGGUAUGCCCAUUUCACUCGCUCCCAGUACAAGUGAUGGAUUAAGAGCUGAAAUGUUCUGUAGUCAAACCAAUUCUCAUCCCGAUCGAAACAAGUAUGAUUUCGUAGGUGAAAAUACAGGAAGUGAAAUUUUAGCAACCAUUCCAGAAUCAUCCAAGAUUGGUUGGUAUUAUUGUGCUGUUCACACUCUUGCCUCAGGUACUUUGACCAUGACUGCUUUUACCAAUCAACGUCCAAGAUUACUUUUAGAUUCCACAAUGAAUACCAAUAACUAUGUGAGAUCCAAUUAUUAUGUCUACUUUGUUUAUAACUUACCACCUUAUAGUAAUCUGACUGAUGUGAAUAUUUUAGCUUACAUGAAUUAUGGAGAUGCAGAUAUUUAUGUGAGUAAGAAUAAUUCGAGACCUACCAUUAGCAAUUAUGAUUGGCGUUCCUUCUCUCUUGAUAUUGAAAAUUUAGUAAUUCCUAAAGAACAAAUUGGACCCAAUGUGAGAGAAUUAUAUAUUGGUGUUCAUGGAUUUUCCAAUGCCGUUUUCGAUAUGAUUGUUUAUGGAAUGGAUCGUGUUUUGGAACUCACUGAAAACAGUCCCAUUGUUGGAGUUGCUGAAAUGGGUACCUACAAGAGAUACAAAUUCAAUCUUGAAAAUCAAGGAAAGUUGAAAUUGGAUCUUUCUGUAUUGUCUGCAUAUCCAUCGGAUGCUGAUCUAUAUGUGAGUAUGGAACCAUAUCCAUCGAAAGAACAUCACACAUGGAAAUCUAAAAACUUUGGUGACGAUACACUUGAAAUUGAUGGAGCCAUUCCAGGCACCUAUUACAUUUCAGUGUAUGCUUCACCAGUCACUGAAACGAAAUUCUCUCUUUCUGUCUCUACACUCUACUCGUAUGUGUACGAUGGAGGUCAAAUUAUGGACACGAUCAAUGUCAAUGCUGUUCGUCAUUACAAGAUUUUUGUUCCAACUGAGGCUGAACAAGUGAUCAUUGCAACUACGAAUCUCAAUGGUCAAACAAGAAUGUAUUUGAAUACCAAUGAUACAUUCCCAACUUUACAGAAUUACAUGCUCUCCUCUGAUACUCAACGACGAGGAAAUGGUAUUUUAGUGACCAAAGUUGGAAAUCCAAAUAUCUUUGCAACUGGAGUAUGGUCCUUGUCGAUUUAUGGAGUUGUACCUUCAUCAUUUUAUUUAUCAUUCCAAACAGUGAGAGGUGUAUUGAGAUCAGGUGUUCCUCGUAGUGGUUUGACUACUCCAUUGUGA